UACUGGGUGCACUUGUCGCGAAUAGACUUCCUUUGAUGUUGAUGUAGAAGCCGUCAUGAAGUCUCAGUUGUAAGAUAAAUGCUCAGUCGGUGAAAUAUAGCAAAAAAACAUGUCGCAAACAGAAAACAUUGCUAACUUGGAAGGAUUACCGAAACAGUUUGUGUCUUCACUGAGAAUUCUGUUCGAUAUUUUGGACGAGAAGCGAUCUGGAUUUGUUCGGUUCCAAGAUAUUGAGUCGAGAUGGAACGAGGAGGGGGUGACAGGAUUACCAUUUGGUGUGGUUGAUGCGUUGAGUAAAGUUACCCCUGCUAAUGGUUGUCUGACAUUCGAGAGAUUUGUGUCGGGUUUAAAAUUAGCAUUGUUGACUAGUACCAAACAGAAGAGUCAGUCUUACAAACAUGAGAAAGAAAAUCGUUCAACAGUUAUUCGAUAUGUUGAUAGAGAGUCUAGAGAGCAAGAGGGUGGGGCACCUCCACCCACCCCUCAUCAAUCAAUCUAUGCUGUUCCGACCAAACAGCAUGCUCCGGUCACUGCCACAGUGAAGCCUAAUAAUGCUAUAAAUACAAACUACCGUAGAGUUGGAAGUCAUCAACACAUAAAUGAAAUAAACUCAAAUAAUAAUAUAAUCUCACCACCUAGGCCAUCAAGACCCCCCUACAGACAUCAAGAGAAGGGGGAUGUCCCACCACAGAUUCCACCAAGAGAUAGAAGUCAAGGGAACCGAGUAAUAACAGAACUUAAAAGUUGGCAUCGAGAACAAAGUCGUCCCACGGAACUAGAUGGAUCAAAGUGGGCAGUUGCUGUCAAUAAUAGACAACCUAGAAUCCAUGUAGCAACUAGCAAUAGUCAUUUAUUACAGCCAACCAAAAAUUACCCUUCUUCUGAAUCAAAUACUAUUUAUGCCAAUAUAGAACAAUUCCAAAGAAAACAGAAUGAGGAGAUAAAACCACAAAGAGUCACUAUUCAGAGGAGAAAUUCUGGUCGACGUCAUACUUUGACUAGUGGUGUUGAUUAUAAUAUGGUAACCUCGUAA